GAUCAAAGUCCUUUCCGAACGUAGUCUGAAGUCCAAAAACCAAGAUCAAACCGUCUACGCCUGGAGUCUCGUUUCUCGAACAGAGUAGUGAAUUACUGGAAUUCUCUACCAGGACGUGUAGUAUCAGCACCUUCUGUUAAUAUAUUAAAAAAGAGAUUAGAACUUUACCGUAUUUCAAACUACAGGGAUAAAUACAGGUCGGCAGAUAUUCUAUCCUUAUGACUGAAGACUGAAGACAGGUCAGAAUAUUCAUCAUUGAAAAAGCGUGCGUUCCUUGAACAUUUCGUAACGUGCUGUAUACAAUAAUCGUCAAUUGACGAACUUACACGAUGAUUUCUUCUCGUUUCGGGAUAUGCCAGUCAGCUAUUACAAAAUGUAUAAAACAGCAUGCUUUGACGUAUCACAAGAAUGUCAUAGAUCAUUAUGAGAACCCUCGUAAUGUAGGCUCAUUCGAUAAGAAAGACAUGUCUGUCGGUACUGGUUUGGUUGGUGCACCGGCCUGUGGAGAUGUUAUGAAGCUCCAAAUAAAGGUGGAUGAAAAUGGGAAAAUAAUAGAUGCAAAGUUUAAAACAUUUGGUUGUGGUUCCGCAAUUGCAUCCAGUUCACUGGCAACUGAAUGGGUUAAAGGCAAAACAAUUGAUGAAGCUGCAAAAAUAAAAAAUAGUGAUAUUGCCAAAGAACUAAAACUUCCACCUGUCAAAUUGCACUGUUCUAUGCUUGCCGAAGAUGCUAUCCAGGCUGCUAUUAAAGAUUACAAGAAAAAGUCUACUUGAGUAUUACUUUAUAUGCACAAAUCAAUCCCAAUCAUAUUCGACGUCAUAAUUUCUCAUUUCACUUGGAUAGACAUUGUUGUAAAUCAUAAGCACUAUAUUGAAAGUAAUUUUGUUAUCUAACAAAUUUAACCAUAGAUACAGAGAUACUCUCAUAAAAAUAAAACUUAUUUUCAUCUACUAAAGAAGUGUUCUUGUUCAUAAAUUUCAUGUUAGAAUGUCUGUAGUUGUUUGUUUAUUUUCGAUAUUUCAAUGUCUUAUAUACAACUCUAUGAUAUUAAUAUAUUAUGUGUUUUUAUAGUGUUGGGGUCAUUUAUCAAUAGAACAUAUUGAAAGCUUUGGGAAAGUCUUUAUGCUGUAUUGUUUAAUGCUGCAUCCAGUGGACGAAAUAUUGCUUAGUAAUCUCUAAAAUAUUCUAGUAUACCCGGGGAUUGUUUUUGACGUUGGUAUUCAAUGUUAGUUUGCUUAUAAAUUUAGUAGAGAUUUUGACUAAACUGGUACUGAAAAAUUUACCUUUAAGGUUGAAAAGCAGUAAAUGUGUGUCAGCCUAAGAGCUUAUCAUAGAAAUAAUGGUGAUUGAUCCCGAAAUACAGUUUUUAGCGGCCGGUUGUCAUUUAUGCUUCUACUAGAUAGUUGUAUUUUUCCCUUUGCAAAUUUGCCUACUAACAAGUAAUCAAUUUUAGAAGCAUUUAAAAAAGUCGUAUUAUUGCAGUAGAAAUUACGUCUUAAUUAAAUUUUACAUUUUAUGUCAUAUCGUCCCUCCAUCACUGGGAUGUAGUCAUAGGAACCCUUAGGAUCAAAGUUUUUUUUAUUUCAAUAAAUUAUAAAUGAAAAUGGACGUAAUAUCAAUCAUACACCAGUUCAUCGAAGCUAGAACACUUCAGUCAUUUUUAGGCAGGGGAUAUAAAUAUUCAAGCCAGAUAUACAAAACUUUACCUGGCGAAUGAAUCACUUAGUAACUGCAAAAUUAUAGAGUAAACCAAAUGCAUAAUAUUCUAAUUAUGUUCAAUACCUUGUAAUGUUUUGGGUGAUUUUGUUGAAAUAAUUUUAUUCACCUUUAGAAAUUUAUCUUUUCAAGAGUAGAUAGAGAAUAAGAUUUUGCUGCAUUAGAUUCAUUCUGUUGUUUGUAUGACCUGUUUAUAUCAGAAACGAUAGUACGUAACAUAUUUCUGGCUGAACUCCACAGGACGCUUAUUAUUUUACAAGAUUAUUGGGAAUUUUUAUUGUCGUUUACCUCUACUAUUCAUUCUUUCAUGUCAGUUCAGAAUCUACGAAUUUAAUUUUAAAACUAGAUUUUAUCUAAAUACUAAAUUUACCUUCCACAAUUUGUUUGACGUAAGUUAUAUAUAAAUUGGAAUCUAUAUCUUCUCGUUUUCUCCAUCUCAGUUUCCCGUUUUAUAGUUCUGUGUUCGUUUCAACCACCGACUGUCCCGAUGAGCUAUGCUUUAUAGUGUAGGAAUAGGUUGGGAGAAAGCUAGGGGCGGCCAGACCAAAACAUGGCACAAAUCCAUGAAGUCACUGGUAAGUGGACUGAGCCAUGUUAGUACGUAUAGACUACCUGGUUGGGAUUCGCGAGACGAUAGCAACCGAUAGUUAGAGACCUUGAGUGAAAUGACUCCAAAUCGUUUGCAAUGGCACAGGUGCAUCCACUCUUUGUGUUCUCCCAAAUUCUAAUCUUCUGAAUUCUUCAUGUCCUUUCUCUCUUUCUCUUUCCAAAUUUAUUUCACUGGAUUAUACUCCUUGAAUAACAUGUUCAAACCCUAAUCUUUCCGAUUACUGCUUAUACCUUUACUGCCUUUACUACUACGGAAUUUGAAUUGACAAUUGUAUCUGUGUGCUAAUGUGGUAUGAGAACUCGAACUGAUGUACGUACGUACGAAGUUCCACGUUGGUACUGACUGUCUGACUGACUUUUCAUUGGUCAAAUAGACAAAAACCUGGUUUCUAUCGCUUAAAAUAAAGUAAAAUGUUGUAGUUGUAGGUAUACCCAAAAGGAGAGUUGAAGGUUGCUGAUCUGUGGAUAUUUACAGAUUUCGGUUUUUGAACUAUUUUUCCAAAUCUUGUAUUUAUUUGUUUAAACACUUAAGUAUUGGUGCGAAGUUGCACCAAAAUAUAUAUGCUCCACACUAGAUUUGCGUGUGUGCUGGAAUACUGGCCAGGUGUCCAAACCGAAGCAGGUGGUUUUCUUUGGAGUCCACCCCAAGCCUGAUCUCGAGCCUUAAUCCACGGAACAGUUGGACAACGUUAGGCUAUACGAUCUCAUAGAACGAGGUGGUGACGAGGAAUAAGUUCAUAUCUCGUUUGGUCCCUCAGGGUCCUGUAGCCUAUGUGGAGCAUUGGUUUGGAACCAGGGUUUUCCAACUCCCCUUGGUAAGUGUUCCGUACCCACCAACCCGGUUCAAUCACUGGAAAUUUGCUUUUUGUCCUCUCAAUUUUGUAAAAAGUCCUAUGCCUUGAGUAGGGAAUGAGCAGGACAUAUUUGGUAGUGGCUAUAUAUGCUUGUCCAUCUGAAACCAACCUCGCCAUUUCCAGGGCAUUUGGGGAUUUAAAUAUUUUAGCGAUAUUCUUGUUCAAGAACUAACUCAGUUAAUCUAAUUUUACCUCAUUAAUGCAACUCUUAUUGUUCUUAGAUGUUUUUAUAGUAUCUGAAAUACGAAUGGAAUUCUAAUGUCACUCCUUAACUGGAAUUAAACAAAAAACUUUCUACAAAAUACUACCUUCUCUUAAUACUGAUUAAUUAAUAUUGUAAGAUUUGGAAGGAAAUAAUUCAAUUAAACUGCUCUUUUUUCAUUUCUGUGCUGAUGGAGUUUUGUUUUCUGAGCUGAGAUGGAUGGAUCCAGCUCAGAGAACAAAACUCCACCAAAAUCAUCCACCUGAGCUACAAAUCUUCGCCACCAUCUCAUUUUUGUGUUUUUUUUUAAUUUUUUUUGUUUUCUGCAAAAAUCUACAAUUAUAUUGUAAUUAUAUGUAUAUUGCUGAUGUUAUGUUUAUUGAACAAGAUGAUUUAUGCAAUACAACAUCUUUAACAUCAUAAUCUUGAAUUACAAAUAUUCUUUAUUAUCUCAAAAUUAUUUAUUUCUAUCCAUAAUCUAAAUAAUAAUGAUUUAUUUACUAACAUUAAUAAUCUUGUAAGAAUAUUAGAAUAGAUUAAAACUAUUUUAUCUAUUAUAUCGCUAUUAAAAUGUCAAUAACGAAAGAGUUUAUCAUAAAAUGGUGGAGAAGAUUUGUAGCUCAAGUGAAUGAUUUUGAUGGAGUUUUGUUCUCUGAGCUGGAUGGUUUGGUCGCGUAUUCCGGAAGUUCUAAGUGAUGACUCUAGUGCUGCGAAGAAUUCCAGUUUUGACGCGUCGCUUGUGUUGUAGUUUAAUCCCUUUCGGAGUAGGUGUUCUAUAUUUGUUAGUGGUUGUUUUGACAGGUUGAUCACGCAGUUGUUUGUGUUUUCUUCCAUAGAUAGUUCUGAGAUCUUGAUUAGUUUCUUCCUUAGGAUGUUUCUUCUUUGCUCGCUCUGUCGUUUGCAUGAUAUCUCGAUGGUUGUUGUCAAGAUUUCCAAAUGUUCUGACGUGAGUGUUCUUUGUAGCUUCAUCUUUUGGUCCUCUAUGAUGUGUUGGUAUUUGCGUAUCCUGUAAUGUGUAUCCGUUACCAUUAGGUGUACCAUUUUUCUCCCACUACUUUGCUCAGCUAUUUUCCAUCCCAAUGGGCAGUUGAUUGGAGGUCUGUAUCUUACACUUGUUGGUAGAACAUGCUUGUGAAGACCAAAACAUCCUACUCAGAGAACAAAACUCCAUCAAAAGUUUAUUAUAAAGUAAAACAAC